AUGAAAGAUUUUUUCAUUUCACAUCAAAUCGUUGUUGUGAUUGGAUCGCCUGGGUCCGGAAAAACUGCUUUGAUUCGCCACAUCGCUUUACAGCUGGAGUCCGAAUAUCAGAUUGUUCCAAUCUGCAAACCUGAAGAUAUCAUCAAUUAUGGCGACCUAAACAGACAACAAAUAUUUGUCAUAGAUGAUGUUCUAGGUGUAAUUGCCCUAGAGAGAAGUUUGUUAUUAGAUUUAGAAAGACAUAGUGAACAAAUCGAAAAUAUUCUGGACAAGCAAUCGAAGAGAUCAAAAUUAUUUAUGUCAUGUAGAUUGGCAGUGUGCAAUGAGGCAAAAGAAUUAGAUGUAGUUUUCUUUCAAAAGGAAAAUAUCCUCAGCUUGAAUAAUGAAGAAAACACUCUUACUUUAGAAGAUCAAAAAGGUAUAUUUGAAUCUCACAUGAUGGAAGAAGUUGUUGCCUUUCAGUAUGGACAGCAGUUUCCGGAACAAAUUGUAGACCAUAUGAACAGUAAUUUUCUUGCAAAGAGAGUUGUUUUAGAAAAGAUAGAGAUCCCAUUGGAUGAUAAGGACUUUCAGCAGCAGUUCAAAAGCAUUUUGUCGCCGUACAAUGAUGUCAAGAAAUAUUUCUUAUUACCAAGGGAAGAAUGUUUCGAAAGUGUUAUUCUCGACUCAAAGAAACAAAUCGAGAAAAAUGUUGAAGAAAUAGUAGGACAAAGAGAGUAUGAAAGACAAAAUCUUCUCCUUGACCUCAAAUGUAUAGACAAAAAGAAGGUUUAUAAGAUACGUGCUGUCAGUUUUAUUAUUUAUUAUGGUCAUCUUGAUAUGCUGAGAUUUUUAGUUCACUUGGUAGGUAGGAAUGAUCAGCAUAAGGACAUUGUUUUUGGAUCUACAGAGGAAGAACAAGUAAGAUUACUGGUUUUAGCAUGUUUUAAUGGAAAUUUAGAAAUGGUAAAAUUUUUGGUGGAACAUUUUGGGAAGCAAAUAAUUAACAUCAUGCCUGUAGAUGAAGUCUACAAAUCGAAGAAUUCACACAGAUUAAUCACCCCAGUAAUUGCUGCUUGUUUGAGAAUGAAUCAUGAUAUUGUGAAAUAUUUGGUUAAUAAUGGAGCAAAUUUAAAUAUCGCAGAAAGUUUUUACCCUGCUUUGUGGACUCCAUCUAGAAUUGGGGAUCUCAAAACAGUAAUAUAUUUACUUGAAAAUGGCGCCGAUUGUAAUAAGUCUGAUGGAAGAGGACACUCUCCUCUGUAUGUUGGGUCGCAAUUCGGUCACGUGGAUAUCAUUGAAAAACUGUUAGAGCGCGGUGCAAACAUUAACAAAAGUGAUUGUUAUGGUUGGUCACCUUUAUUAAUAGCGUCAUCGAAAGGCCAUCUUUCUGUGAUAGUAAAACUCAUUCAAAACAAUGCCGACGUCAACAAGUGUGAUAUACAUGGUCAGUCAUCUCUAUAUUUAGCAUCAGAAAAUGGUCAUUUGUCAGUUGUAGAAACGUUAGUACGGAAUGGUGCUGAAUGUGAUAAAGGCGACAAAAAUCAAAUGACACCUUUAAAUAUAGCAUCUAAUAAAGGUCAUCUUCCAGUUGUUGAAAAACUUUUUGAACAUGGAGCAGACAUACACAACUGUAAUAAUAACGGUCGGUCAACUCUGUAUUUAGCAUCACUUGCAGGUCAUCUCUCUGUUGUUGAAAAACUUAUUGAAUAUGGUGCAGACAUCAACAAUUGUAAUAGUAGUGGUUGGUCACCAUUAAGUAAUGCGUUAUUUUAUGGCCAUCUUCCUGUUGUUGAAAAGCUUAUUGAACAUGGUGCCGACAUCAAAAUUUGUGAAAAGGAAGGUCUGUCGGCUCUGCAUAUAGCAUCACUUGGAGGCCAUCUUCCUGUUGUAGAAAAGCUCAUUGAAUAUGGUGCAGACAUCAAUAAUUGUGAUAUUAAUGGUUUGUCACCAUUAAGUGAUGCGUCAUUUUUUGGCCAUCUUCCUGUUGUUGAAAAGCUUUUUGAGUCUGGUGCCGACAUCAAUAACUGUGAUAAGGACGGUCAGCAACCUCUAUGUAUUGCAUCACAAGAAGGCCAUCUUUCUGUUGUAGAAAAACUUAUCGAAUAUGGUGCAGACGUCAAUAAUUGUGAUUUGAUUGGUUUAUCACCGUUAAGUCAUGCGUCUCUCAAUGGUCAUCUUCCCGUUGUUGAAAAACUCAUUGAAAAUGGUGCUGACAUCAACAAAAUUGAUUGUUAUGGUUUGUCACCGUUACAUCAUGCGUCACUCAAUGGCGAUCUUCCUGUUGUUGAAAAACUAAUCGAAUAUGGUGCUGACAUUAACAAAUGUAAUAAUGACGGUCGGUCACCUUUGUUUCCAGCAUGUCUUCAAAGUCAUCUUUCUGUUGUAGAAAAACUUAUAGAACAUGGAGCAGACAUCAACAAAUGUGAUAAGAAGGGUUGGUCAGUUUUUUGGUGUACAUCCUUUGAAGGUCUUCUUCCUGUUGUCGAAAAACUUAUUGAGCAUGGUGUAGACAUCAACAAUUGUGAUGGGAACGGUCUGUCAUCUCUGUGCUGUGCAUCACUUGCAGGCCAUAUUUCUGUUGUAGAAAAACUGAUUGAGCAUGGUGCCGAUAUUAACAAUUGUGAUGAUAGUGGUUUAUCACCGUUAAGUCAUGCGUCAUUUCAUGGCCAUAUUCCAGUUGUUGAAAAACUGAUCGAGCAUGGUGCUGACAUCAACAGGUGUAAUGAAGAAAAACAGUCACCUCUACUUUUAGCAUCACUUGGCGGUCACACUUUUAUCGUAGAAAAACUAAUCGAGUUUGGUGCCGACUUUAAUAAUUGUGAUAGAAAGGGUUUAUCACCAUUAAGUCAGGCUUUAUUUUUUGGCCACCUCUCUGUUGUAGAAAAACUCAUUGAGUAUGGUGCAGAUAUCAACAAUUGUGAUAAGAACGGCAAGCAACCACUUUGUUGUGCAUCAAUGGGAGGUCAUCUUUCUGUUGUUGAAAAACUUAUUAAGUAUGGCGCCGACAUCAACAAAUGUGAAAGUAGUGGUUGGUCACCGUUAGAUUAUGCGUCAUUUUAUGGUCAUCUCCUUGUUGUUGAAAAACUCAUUGAAUAUGGUGCCGACAUCAACAAUUGUGAUAGCAUUGGUUUGUCAGCGUUGUGUCAUGCUUCAUUUAAUGGCCAUCUUCCUGUUGUUGAAAAGCUUAUUGAGCAUGGUGUCGACAUCAAUAAUUGUGAAAAGAACGGUCUGCCACCUCUAUUUGAAGCAAAACGUCAAGGUCAUCUUCAGAUUGUAGAAAAACUUAUUGAACAUGGUGCCGACAUCAACAAUUGUGAUAGCAAGUGUAAUAAUAGUCAAGCGUCAUGUAAUGGUAAUCUUUCUGUUUUUAAAAAACUUAUUGCAUGGUUUCGACAUUAA